AUGCUAAGAGAGAACACAGAAGUGCUACAUCCUGGUAAAAUCGGAGUUCACGAAGAUGAUCAGACUCUGGACACUCUAGUCAAUCGCGGUGGCUGGGUAAACCCUGAAGAUCUGAUCCCCAUGCCACAGUGCAUCGCUCAACAAAAUUAUUCCUCUUGGCUAGGUGCGAUAACGAAAUGUACGGGUAAAAGAUGCACUUCACAUUUCGGAGUAAUUUGUACCCACCACCAGUGGCUCACUCAGCUUAGCUGUCUCAGCACUGAAAUUUCCUCUGAGAUCGUUCGGGCCUAUCUCCCAUAUUGCAGCCGAUCCGUGCUUGCUAAGGCGCAGUUAUAUCGAUGGAUACGUACAGUCACAGACCGGACAUGGCUUGUUGAUGUCGGCGACGCCAAUGGGUUACAAAGCCUCUCGCCAGCCUCGCUCACUAGAGGGUAUGCCACUAUGGAUGUGACUAAUAAGGCACCAACGUGCCUGAAAGACUCGGCUUCUGCAUCAUCGAUGGAACCAUUCCAACGCAUAAUGGCCUCAUGUGCUUUCGCAUCCAACACUCAGCACACCGGGAAUGCCGCUCGGCCAUGGGAAUACAGUGAAUCACUGCGGUCCGUUAUCGCAUUGGAUUCUGAGACGGUCGGUUACGAUGUCACUCAGCAUAGUAUACGAUAUGGCGAUUAUUUCGAUAAGCAAUGCUUUUGUGACGCAUUCAGUAUAGACCUGGAGUCGGAGCCUUGUUCAGUUCCGGGGCUAGCUUCAACAAGGGAGCGGCUGUGGUUGAAUGCCACUUGCGGCUCGACUUCCCUACCCAUCAAUUGGACAGACGGACUUCAAACGACAACAUACGCUUAUAUUCCUACCGAGAAAUGGCGUUGGCCUGAUUGUGUCGCUUCUAUGCCAAAAAAAGUGAUUGGGCUUACUGAUCGGUGUGCGACUGACGCUUGCGAGUCUGAUUCGAAUGGCUUUUGCAAAAUAAAGCGUUCAAUAGACAGGGCUUGCUUCUGCCGCGAUAUAAGCUAUGGCAUCUGCAAGGGAACAUGUCAUAUCUUCGAAACCCGGAUAAACUACGUAACAUGGCUCCACGACCUUUGUGGCGGCGAGUCGGGGUGGCACGGCUUACCGAGGCAUUGGCGCCAGUUAGCCGCCCCUACUCCUCUCGACAUGAUUCCUUGGAGAUGGAGCAUGAAACCAUUUAAAGACUCGAAACCGACCCCUAUCAAUCAUUCGAAAUCUCUGAAACGAAUGCACGCAUGUGCCUCUACCGAAUGGAAGCUUGGGAGCCUUGUUUUAAUCAACCUAGCCACUUCUCUUGCUGGUUUAUUUCGCCCGAGAAAUGUUGCCAGUCCCAUAACACGUAUGUAUCUACACUACCUGCACUCACAACAUUGGAUUCUGGGAGGGUUUUCGAUCGCUGCUCUUCAUCUCUGUGCAAAUUGGCUCAAUGCGGUUCUCAUUCAGUCGACCCUUGGGUACGCGGAUGUCCCAAUCACCCAAAUGAUACUUCUCUGGUGCUCGAUGCCUCGAUUUACUUGGUUAACAGUAUUGCUGGUUGUCUUCCAACCCCUUCAAGCGACGACGUUUUCCACGGUCAAGUCGUUCUUGUUUGCAGAAUCGAUCCUCCAGAUGUUCUCGGCAUAUCAUAUGAUCACGGCUGUCAGUUAUGGCCGAGAGCAUGGCUUCUAUAGUCAAGGCAUGGCAAGACUAGAUAGGGUACUAUCUGCUCGAUGCCUAUACGCGGGAGCACUUAUGUGGCUUCUUGUCACUAUUGCGGCUUUGGCUCUCCUGCUGCAAGCUAUAUGUGGGGCAAAAACGUCAACUAGAGGCGCGAGAUUUGAUGGUGUUUUGGAGGAGCUAGUCGCGCUAUUCAACAUCUUUUGGACACGAUUUGAAGAGAGCUUACUUCGUUCUUGGCUUGAUGAGAGCUGGGUCCAGGAGCAACCGCUGUCGACGAGUAGUGAGGAACAGAUUUACACAGUCUAUGGUACUUUGCCUUCCAAAGUUCCAGAAAAUCAGAUCAUCGAACAAGGCAUGGUUAGACUAUUUCUGAUCGCAAUUGCAAGUAUGAUCUUCCUGUGGAUCGCACAAUGGUUGUUUUGGGCCGGGUUUAUUGGCCUUAGCAUGGAAGAAUUUUGUCCUCCUAAACUUGGGGUCCUUACCGUCAUCUGGAUGAUUUUCUCGUUGGCUAUUGCUGCUGUAGCAGUACUUCCAUGA